AUGGUCCUCAACAUCGCCGUCGUUGGUCUCGGCCGCAUGGGAAAACGCCAUGUCUAUACACUCCUGUACCGCGUCCCCCGCGCCAGGGUGGUCGCCGUCUGCACCACCGAGCCCCACGAGAUCGAAUGGGCGAAGAGCAAUGCCGAGUACACCGAAUUCGGCAUUGCAGUCUACGACGACUACGACGAUAUGCUGGCGUCCCAGGCAGAUCUUCACGCGGCCUGGGUAUCGACGAGCACAGACGUUCACGCGGUUCAGUCAUUAAAGGCCAUCGAGAAGGGCCUCCAUGUACUGUGCGAGAAGCCAAUCAGUACGGAUCUAGCGAAGGCGCAAUCCGUCGUCGAUGCCGCCAAAGCGAACCCCCAACUCAAAGUAAUGGCCGGGUUCUCGCGCCGCUUCGAUGCCUCCUAUAGGGAUGCCGCACAGAAGAUCCAGAACGGCACUAUUGGCAGCCCCUUUCUCGUGCGAUCCAACACCUGCGACCUGAAAGACGAAACAGGCUUCUUUGUCCGUUACGCCGCGCGUAAUGGAGGCAUCUUCGUCGACUGCGCGAUCCACGACAUCGACCUGACGCUUUGGUAUAUGGAUAACCCCGUCCCCAAGGCUGCAUGGGCAGCGGGCACCCUACAGCACCACCCCGAACUCGCAGAAAACAAUGACGUGGACAAUGCUGUUGGAAUUGUCGAGUUCUGGGGCGGCAAGAUCGCCUACUUUUACUGCUCGCGGACGCAGGCGCAUGGGCACGAUGUGCUGACCGAGAUUACGGGGACAGACGGCAAGAUCAUGGUCAAUGUAAUCCCGCGGGCGAACAAUGUGGUCGUAGCGGAUAAGGGAGGGAUGAGACAUGAAGUACAGCCGGAGUACUGGCAGCGGUUUGAGCAUGCUUUUGCCCUAGAGGCAAACGAGUUUGUGGAUGCUGUGCUUCAAGAUAAGCCCGUGCCUGUCAACCUGGAGACAGGCAUGACAGUGAUGAAGAUCGGACAGGCGCUGCAGCAUGCGUUACUCAGCGGAGAGGUUGUGAAGUUUAACAAGAACGGAGAGAGACUCAACUAG